AUGAGUGAUUUGGAUAGAGCCAUAUCGCAAUUGCGAGCUUGUCGACCAAUCCCAGAAGCAGAGGUUCGAGAAUUAUGUCAUAAGGCGAGGGAAUUGUUGAUAGAGGAAGGGAAUGUAGUCACAGUAACAGCGCCAGUUACGAUAUGUGGUGAUAUUCAUGGUCAAUUUCAUGAUCUUAUGGAACUGUUUAGAGUAGGUGGUGAUGUACCUGAUACGAAUUAUUUAUUUAUGGGUGAUUUCGUCGAUCGAGGUUUCUACUCAUUGGAAUCUUUCCUCCUCCUCUUAUGUCUCAAAGUACGAUACCCAGAUCGAAUGACCUUGAUUCGAGGUAAUCACGAAUCUAGACAAAUUACCACAGUAUACGGAUUUUAUGACGAAUGUUUACGAAAGUAUGGAAGCGCAAAUGUAUGGAGAUACUGUUGCGAAGUGUUUGAUUAUCUUGCUCUGGGUGCAAUUGUACUCGGGGCAUCAAGCAGUCUACAACCUACAUCUAUGCCAAACGGUGAACACAGCGCCAGUUCUACACAGGAAUUUAAUGAUGAGGAUGUCGAAAUUGAGAUUUUAAAUGUAGAUGGAAGUAUCAUGAACAAAUUUCUACGAAACAGGGAUAGAAUUGGCAAAAGACAGCCAUCCUUAGAUUCAGAAAUGAGUUCGUCAGACAAGGGUUCCCCCAGUCCUCAAAGCAAAUUCCCAAGCAGCACGGGACCCCCCGGUUCUGGAGCUUCAGGCUACAGCGGAGGUAGUUCUGGUAACCCCUCUGGCGCAGUAUUCUGCGUUCACGGAGGUCUCUCCCCUCUAAUCCAAGCCGUUGAUAAAAUCCGCCUUCUCGACCGCAAACAAGAAGUCCCUCACGAAGGCGCCAUGUGUGAUCUCCUCUGGUCCGACCCAGACGAAAUAGAUGGAUGGGGACUCUCACCCCGUGGCGCAGGAUUCCUCUUCGGAGCCGACAUAGUCAAAAUGUUCAACCACACAAACGACCUCUCGAUGAUCGCUCGCGCUCAUCAAUUAGUAAUGGAAGGCUUCAAGGAAACAUUCGACCACAGCAUCGUAACCGUCUGGUCCGCGCCCAACUACUGCUACAGAUGCGGAAACGUAGCAGCAAUCAUGGAAUUAGGAGAAGACGGCACGGGAAAUGGAAUAAUGGCAAGAAGCAAUGGAGAAGUAAGUAGAGGCAAUGGAGCCAACGCGCCGCUACUAGAAGAUAAAAUCCCCUUGAGUGGUCCGGCGAGGAGAUAUCGCGUUUUCCACGCGGCGCCCCAGGAUUCACGGGGUAUGCCGGCGAAGAAACCAGUAGCGGAUUAUUUUUUGUGA